CAAAAAGGGGAAUCAGAGAUUGCAUUUCAUCCAACUGUCGUAGAACAAAAUCAUCAUGUUUUCAAAACGUCUACUAAAGAUAACUCGGGUCUACUUGUCGAGGAUUCAACAAGGAAGUGAGUACAGUUUCAUUUGAAAUGUCAUACAAUAUUUUUGUUCACUCUACAGAAACGAUCACCGGUGCAAUUACGUAUGUGUGCACCUUCAUACUUGGACUUGGGGACCUUACAGCUUGAGCACUUCUUAAAAUAAAAAUAAAAAACGCUUAUAUUUUCUCUAAAGUAAGGAUUAUAAUGAAGAAGAAUAAUAAUUACUACUUAUUUUUUUAUUUUUAAAUUAUAAAGCAGUGACAAAAUGAUUGAUUCAAAAUUAAAUUAUUUAGAGCUGUCGAAGUAACAAGAUCUUAGACUUAGACCCUUGGCCUUGGGUAGAUUUAGAAAAACCAUCACUGAUACGACUGUAAGACAUUUUUGAAAAGAUAGUUUGUAACAAGGCUAAACUCAUUAAUGUUUCCACUCUCUUUCCCCGAAGGUUUCCGUUUUCGAUGCUAUAUGUUCAUUCUUCUGACAGCAUCAGCCUUGUUUUAUUUCAAGUCUCAUUAUCCACAAUCUACGGGCGCCAACGAUAACAUUCCUGCAAAAUCAGCCGCGCGGAACAAAUACCAUCUUAAUCCAAAACACCCUGACAGGGAAUACCACCUGGACGCACUUGUGCGCAGAGAAGCUUCAAAACAUGGGAACCACAAGCCCGGAGCAGCUUCGAGCAUAAUUCAUCUGACAGAAAUAAUUCAGGAAGCAGUUAAGAACUACAACAAUAACAUACUUCGCUUAGAUGAAUCAACAGCGCAAUUGUCAAACGCUGGGAGAGAGGAACAUGAGUCGAUUUCUACCGUACGGCGGGAUGUAAAACGGCCGAAUGUUGAGAGCAAAUCUACGGGUAAAUUGUUAUCGUUAAUUUAAAAAAAAAAGUUUAAAAAUUAAAAAAAAAAAUAUAUAUUAUUUCUGAAAGUUAAAAUGUAUCAACCUGUCACUAAAUGUAGUCAGUUCACACCUCGGAGGAAAUGUCUUAAAGCAGGAUUCAAAUGGCGUCACUGGGGUUGGUAAACAUGUGGUGUUACCCCUCUAGACUUUCUCCACGGUCCCCCGUUCUUGUCUGUCUGCUCUGGUGAUAUCCUUUCUCUGGUGACAACCUUAUCUCGGGGCAACCUCCUCUUCUGGCGCCCUCCUCUGGUUAACGCCACCCUCCUCUGGCUAAUGCCACCCUCCUCUUGCUAAUGACACCACCCUCUGGCUAAUGACACCCUCCUCUGCUUAAUAACACUCUUCUCUGGCGGUACAUUAAUUUUGGUAGCAGCCUGAUUUUAGUAUUUAAAUAAGAUCUAUUCUGAAACCGAUUCCAGAUGAAAUCGUCAAAUUAGCAAUUUUUAGUAAGGUGUGAACCCCCCCCCCACUACUCCGCCCGCCCCCCCCCCCCAAAAAAAAAGAAGCCUCUAAGGAGUCAGCCAGUGUGGUCUUUACAUAGUAUCCCCACUGACGUUACUGGCAGAGUUUUUUUUAUUGACUAUGAUUUAACAAUCUAACAAACUACGUGCGUGUUUAUAAAUGCACCUGAAUUCCUCUUUAAAAGUGUUGCACAUUAUUUGGAGCAAGCGUGCUACACACACAUUAUUUGGAGCAAGCGUGCUACACACACAUCAUUUUUGAGCAAGCGUGGAACACACACAUUAUUUUGAGCGAGCGUGAAACACACACAUUAUUUGGAGCAAGCGUGCUACACACACAUUAUUUUGAGCAAGCGUGCUACACACACAUCAUAAUUUUAAAAAGUUUCUCGAGCUAAAUGUAAAGUCGGCUGUAAGAAUUUAAUUCCUCGCUAUGUAACUUUUCGUAUUACAUUUAUAGAAGUCCUUCAUUGUACUACUAAGACGCAUAUUUAAAAACUAAAAAAAAAUCACACAAUGAAAAUGUGUGUAUUUCAUAAUCAUGUCCCUUUUAAUGCUUUCUUUAGUCUGUUUAUGUAAUUUUUCAGCUCUCCAUUUCAGACCCUAUCCUUAUUUGAAUAUUUUUUUUAAAAAUUGCAUUUGCUUGUUUGUUUGUUGUUUUUUAUUUUAAUUUUGUUUUUUAUUGAUUAUUAUUAUUUUUUAUUGGAAUAAAGGGAUAGGUUCAUGUCAGUUUUCCACAGGGAUAUGAAAAGACACGAUGGCGUCUUUUUGUUUAAACAUUUUGUAUUGAAUUUAAAUGCCUCUCAAUUUUAUUCUCUUGAACAACAUUUGUCCAAAGGGCAUGUCUAUGACGACAGAUUCAUUUGUUAAAAUAACUUUAAACAACUUUAUUUUUAUGUUGAAGACAACAGCCAUACAACGUUAAAAAAAUUAAAAAAUUACGCGUACAAAAUUAACAACGAAUGUGUCAUUUUAUAAAAUCAUGUUUAACUGUCACAGAACGGUUGUUACGGAGGAGGGCUCCGGUCCUGACUUAUCACGAACUGUGUUGACUUAGUUGUGUUCAGUACAGGACCGCUCCUCUCUGUGAUUUAUAUGGUACCCUCUAGGCGUUGAGACAGACAUAAGCACAACGUAGACUUGGACGAAAUGCAACAACUCAAACUCCAGGUGUCCAACGAUAAUGAAAGUGUGUUUAUUUCUAAGAUAGAAGUUCUUCUAGUCAUCUGUCGUCUCCUGGUCUCUAGCAACUAUUCCCUAACAACUGCUCAAUUCUAUCGUAGCUCUUUUCUCUCUCUUCCUCAACUACGUCGUAACUCUGUUCCCUCUUCCACUACUAAUCCGUAGUUCUUCUCUAUCUUCCUCAACUCUACUGUCGCUCCUUUCCCUCUUCCUCAACUAACCUAACUCAGUGAAAGCUCCCUCUUAUAUGUGAUUCUCUACCCCCAUAGGUGGUCCAGGAAUGCUAUCUAUAAACACACCUCUGCCCCCUAAUUUCCGGUCAAUUAGAACUUCCAUUGUCAACCCAAAAGUUAUCAUGCCAAGUCAGGAAGGCCCGAACAUACUAUUAUCCAAAGAAACUAUCCCCACUAUAUCAAGAUGUGAGAGUCUAUUAACCUUACCUUAACCCCAUUAACAGCAGUUUCCUUCCAUCCGAUAAGUUACCUUAACAACAAUGGAGCUCUGUCCUGUACACCCGCCCCCGUCAUUUGUGACAUAAACAACACCACCAACAGCAAAUUUGAAUGGGAAAAAAAAAAUGAUGGUUUUGGUUUGUAGUUGCAACUUCAUCAAGUAAUCUCUAAACCAGUCUUCAUCAUCUGAUUGCAGAAUCUCCAGUGGCUAAUGUGAGGAGCUUGAAAGGCAUUAACUUUGAGAUAUUGACAGACCGUGAGCUCGAGCACCUGCUCUUUGGUUUUCUGUUACACAAUGAGGUAAGCCGACGACCUAACAAUCGUUUAUGGAAGUCCAUCCACCAUCGAAUUUUUUUUUUUUAAAACACUAAAACUAUAUCAUACUAUGAAAAAAAAACGAUCAUUAAAUAGUUAUUCUUUUUUUUUUAUCUAGUUUAAUCUUGUAAGUUUGUAAAAUAAUGUUUGUUGAUUUCAUUUUUUUACUGACGAAAUUCAAAACAAUGUUUGUAUUAUUAUAAAUCUCAAUUGCUGUUUAAGAUCUUGAACUUUAGUACAAUGUAACGUUAAAUUGACAAUUUUACAUAGCUGCAUUGUCUUUUUUCCCUUUUUGGGGUUUUUUUAUAUUGUACUUCCACCCACUUUCUUUCCGCUCCUCUGCACCUUCGUUUCCGAUAUUAUGGACUUGUGCCCACUCUCAUUCGUUUCUUUUAUUUUUAGGUAUAGGUAGGAUGUCCAUAAAUGUGUACAUUUGAUUUUAUAAUUAUAUUAAUGUCUCUCUUUGUACCGAUGAAGGCAUUUACCGGAAGCGUCUGAAUAUGCGUUUCGUCUUAUCACGAUUAAAUCAUAAAAUAGUUGAUUGCAUGCACGCACAGUUUUGGGUCUUAUCAAUUAUCAAUAAUCAAUAAUGGUAUACUCAUUUUUUUUUUAAAAAAAGAAGAUUAAUCAGCUCAUGUUGUGUUAAAGCAUUUUCAAACUCUAUCAUCGCAACUAAAUAUAUAUCUCCUCCGACCAACACCCCCCCUCCCCCCCACCCUCCCGAGAUCAAAUCUGCUUAAAGUGGUGCUGACACAUUUUCUCAACGCUGAUUGAUCUCUUCAAACAGAUCAUGUGCUCCCGGACCAAACGUUUUGGCAGAUUGGCAGAUGGCGGACUAGACUUGUGCGAUGACGUGGGUGUGAGGGUCAAGGACCCGUGCAUCGUUUACUCCAUCGAGACCAACCUGAACCUGACAUUCGAGGAAGCCAUCGCCGAAAAGCUCAAGUGCUCCGUGUCGCUGCUGACGCCCCGCGUACACAAUGGGGCGGUACAGAAAAGGUAACACAUGCCGUAGACAGACGAUUCCUAUUUUGCUGAACUGACCCUGAUCAAUUCUUCGAGCGGUGCUGUCCCACCUUUGUGCCCAAACUCAAGCUCUGCUCUACCACUCUUAUUAAAACAAAAGGUUUUUAAAGAGACAAGGGGUGGUGUUUAGUAAUAUAUGGAUAUCAUCAUCAUCAUUGACAAGUCAUUUAGUCCUUGGACCGUGGGGGCGCCACAGAUGACAUGUGAACCAUCCUCCUCCAUUCCUCUCUGUCUUCGGCACUACGCAAAGCAUCGCCCAGUGUUAGUCCUGUCCACUCUUUGAUGUUAUCCUCCCAUCUUUUUCUUUGUCUUCCUCUUCUUCUCCCUCCUCCUGUGGUGCCCUGCAGUAUUUCCUUGGCAAGCCCUUGUUUCCUUGUUACGUGGCCGUGCCAUUGAAGUUUGCUUUUUUUCACAGUCACCAGUAGGUCAUCGUACUCCCCAAUUGCCUGACGAACCCUUUCUUUCACUGUAUCAUUGGAGAUAUGGUCCCUAUAGCAGAUGCCAAAAAUGCUUCUGAAGCAUCUCAUCUCCAUCGCUUUUAUUUUCCUUUCAAGAUCUGCUCUUAAUGUCCAGGAUUCGCAGGCAUACAGGAAAAUGGAGAGGACUAAUGAGCGCAUCAGCCUGAUUUUGGUGCUGGGGGCUAUAUUUUUGGCAUUCCAUAUUUUCUUGAGCCUCUUUAGUGCUGUUGUAGUCUGCGCAAUCCUGGACAUCAGUUCGGGCUUGGAGCCUUCUUCUGAGACUAUAGGUCCUAGGUAUUUGAAGCGGCCUACAGUCUCUAGUCUUUCCUCCCUGACCUUAAUUUCAAUGGUGAUGCCUGUGGUGUUAUUUGUCAUCAGUUUUGUCUUUUCGGCACUGAUUAGCAUGCCGUAGGACUACGAGGUCUGUUCAGACGCUCUACCAGGUUGGCUAGCUCUUCUUCGUGCCCAGCAAGUCCGUCUAUGUCGUCCGCAAAGCGUAGGUCGGUGAUUGUUCUGCCACCAAUGCUGAAUUUCCCUUCAUGUGCUUCCAGAGCAUCUGCCAUAAUUCUCUCUAGGAAGAUGUUGAACAGCGUGGGGGAGAGCAGGCAGCCUUGUCGUAUUCCAACCUGUGGUGGUCUUCAACCAUUCUCCGAUUUGUUAUAACCAUAAUUAUCGUACACAAGCCAUAGGGUGGUGCCUAGUUACAACCAUAAUGAUUGUACACAAGCCAUAGGGAGGUGCCUAGUUACAACCAUAAUGAUUGAACAUGUUCCCACCCAAUCCAAUAAUUUUGCUCCCAGAAUUAAAGUUAUCUUAAGCUCCUUGUUAAGUUGCCAUUUGGACCAUAUUUUUUUUAGAGAGAACUAAACAAGGCAAUACGUUUACAGAUCAUAUGGACCUUGGAUCACAAUGCGCAAAGGGAAUCGUUGAGGUAACUAUGAACGACCAAUUAUUCUCUACCUUUGACAGAUCAGACAAAAUCACCAUCUACAAUGGCAGACUUUCAACGAGAACGGAGAAAAACGGGACCGCCAUGACCUUCUCGAGAUUUCUGUCCUUGGUGAGACACCAGCGAACCCCCAUUGAUGUUCUCGCGCUGGACUUGAACGGAGCGGAAUGGGACCUCUUGCCGCACAUGUUAAACUCGAAAGAUCUGUUCAGGGUCAGGCAGCUUCUGGUCGAGUUUCACCUUCUGGCCAUCGACCGGAAGUACAUCCUGCCAAAGCUGAAACUUCUCCAAGCGCUGGAGAAGGCGGGUUUCAAAAAGUUCUACACCAAACACAACAGGGUGUGCGAGCUCGUGGUAGGCAAUCACAGACGCAAAGCGCUCUGUUACAAGGUGGGCUUUAUUUUUACAUUUUGAAAAGGGGAGGUGUCAGUCCAAACAGUCGCCUCGAGUGAGAUGCGGGUGCAUCGGUAUCUGGGUUGAUCUAGAUCAGAAGUCUUCAAAGAGAGAUGGGUCUACCGGGACUGGGGCUUUAAAUUUUGAACUUAUUGAAGGUCAUGGUGUGUUGUGUUGUUAUUGGGUGAAAAAUCUGCACUACAGAUUUCCAAUGGCAGGCUUUAAAGUUUAAUAAGGGAAGAGACUGCAAUCUUUAAAAUUGUAAUAGAGCAGCAAACUAUCAUGUUCUAAUAAAAAAUAUAGUCUAUCCAAAUCUUAUUGUAGUGAAUGAUACAGCCUACCGAAAUCAAGAAUGGUCACUUCAGUCUGAAAAAUUGAUUCAACGCUCUUUAUUAAUUGUUGUUUUAACUGAACAUGGCUUCUUUAAAAAAAAAUAAAAAAAUAAAAACAUUCCUAUCUGAGAAUAACAAAUAAAUAUUAGGUGUAAAAAAAUAAUUUACCAUGAGGACUUAUCUUGACAUUGCUCAUUACCACAAGAUGCUAUGUGCAUGAUGUCAUGAUGACAUUUACUUGUUCAAAACUUUGAGAGUCUUUAUUUAGAUUGCUUACACACAAAAGAAAAUCUUGGGCGCUGGACUAAAGUAACGCCUUGUGUAAAACUAAAAGAACUGUUCAACGUUUCUUUUCAUAUCGGAGCAGAAAUGCAGCAUAUAUUUGCUAACAUUUUUAAAUUUUGUGUGUGUGUCUGUGUGUGUGUAUUGGAUAAGGUAGCUUAUUUCGGUUAAAAAUGAAAGAGAAAAAUAUUGAAAUAAUAAAUUAAAGCAAAUGGUAUCUUUAUAA